UUGGUAAAAUGUUUUACCAACCGAAUGAAUUAUAGUUUUUGUUUACGAUUCAGCUUGUACACCCUGGGUUCAACUCAUUCAAGUUUGAUUUCGUGGCGGGUGUUCAUUGCCCGCCUGACGCUCUAACGCUUGGUCGUGUUUUUUUCGCUACGUUAUAACAUAAAUUUAAUACUUUGAAUGUAGUUCAGUCGUUAAACGAAUAAAUAGAUAAUUUUAUUGAACACUGUUUAUAAAUGACUUCAAGUAAAUGCCAAGCAUAUGCGUCUAGUUUGGAAGACAGUGAAAAUGAUAGCGAUGAAACUGAAUGUAGUAUUGGUAGUAAUUCUACAGCUGGUACUCAUCGUAGUGAUACACCUACACGUAAUGCUCGCUAUAGAAGGAAAGGCAGACGGAGAAGUAAGACAGCAAAGUAUAAACCUUGCACUGAUAAACCGUUAUACAAAUAUUGUUGUAGUAUCAAAGAAGAUCACGGACAACCACUCUUUGGAGUACAAUUUAAUCAUCAUUUAAAAGAAGGUGAACCAUUAAUAUUUGCCUCUGUAGGAAGCAACCGUGUGAGUAUUUAUGAAUGUCCAGAAGGUGGGAAUAUUAGAUUACGUCAGUGUUAUGCCGAUCCUGACUCUGAAGAGAAUUUUUAUACAUGUACUUGGACUUAUGAUGAUUCUGGUAAACCAUUAUUGGCUGUGGCAGGAUCUCGAGGUGUAAUAAGAGUUAUUAGUUCUGUAACUAUGACUUGUAUUAAACAUUAUAUUGGCCAUGGUCAUGCAAUAAAUGAGUUAAAAACUCAUCCUAAAGAUCCAAAUAUAUUACUCUCUGCAUCUAAGGAUCAUGCAUUGAGAUUAUGGAAUAUAAAAACAGAUGUAUGUAUAGCAAUUUUUGGUGGUGUUGAAGGCCAUCGAGAUGAAGUGUUAAGUGCUGAUUUUGAUAUGAAAGGUCAGCGAAUUAUUUCUUGUGGAAUGGACCAUGCUUUAAAACUUUGGUCAUUGGACAAGCCAGAUAUGCAAGAAGCAAUUAAACAGUCAUAUUAUUGUAAUCCUAGUAGAAAUGGAAGACCAUUUGACUCUAUACUUCAACAUUUUCCAGACUUCACAACACGUGAUGUACAUCGUAAUUAUGUGGAUUGUGUUAAGUGGUACGGCGAUUUUAUUUUAAGUAAAUCUUGUGAAAAUUGUAUUGUAUGUUGGAAGCCAGGCCGUCUUGAAGACACUCAAUUACGUAAUGGAGAAACUAGUGCUACUGUUUUACAUCGUUUUGAAUUCAAAGAAUGUGAUAUUUGGUUUAUAAGAUUUUCUAUGGAUUUUUGGCAACGUACUAUAGCAUUAGGAAAUCAAGUAGGUAGGACAUAUGUAUGGGAUUUAGAAGUUGAUGAACCUGGUCAAGCACGUUGUUAUUCCUUACAACAUCCACGCUGUACAGCUCCAAUACGACAAACUAGCUUGAGUCGAGAUGGCAAUGUACUAUUAUGUGUUUGCGAUGAUGCUACAGUAUGGAGAUGGAAUCGUGAACAUUGAUAUAUUGUUAUAUUUCAAUUAACUAAUAGAUUAAAUGCAGGAAAACUUGUUGUGAUUCAGAGAAACAUAUUAAUUUAGUACAUAUUUUAUACAUAAACACAUGAUAUUUGUAACAAUUUUACAAUUAUAUUAAUGGUUCAAUCA